AUGGCACAUACGGGCCUAAUAACGGGUUCCAUCAGCCCGAGUACAGUCUUCCAUCCCGACCAGGAUCUUCCGCGGGCCCGAUGUCGCGUCCGUCGUCUGCGAUGUCGAACAGGUCGCAAGGAUCGUCGCAGGUGUGCGACCCGCCGCAGUGGAUUCGCGGGCGACAGCUUGGCGGCGAUCCGCGCAGUAAAACUCACCUCGGCCUCCACGCCGAAUCCGCUCGACAACGAGCAGGCGAUCCUCGAGGAGCUUCGCGGCUCGCCACGUGUCGUGCGGUUGUUGGGCGCGGACUGGGAAGACGACGCUGCCUUUCCAGGAGCUAGGGUUAGGAACCUAUUUAUGGAGUACGUUUCGGGCGGCAGCAUAGCUGACUUAAUGUCCGCAUUCGGCGGGAGAUUACCGGAAGCGCUGGUGCGGAGAUACGCGCGGGGGAUCUGCGAGGGGCUGCGCGAUCUGCACGCGCGCGGAAUCGUCCACUGCGACAUCCGCGCCGCCAACGUGCUCUUAAACGCGGACAAAGGCGAGGCGAAGCUCUGCAGCUUCGGGUCCGCGAUCCGCGCCGCCGCCGCCCCCGCCGCGGACGGCUCCGCCGCGGAAGCCGCCGGCGCGCGGAAGCCGCCGCCGGCGCGGUUCCAAGGCGCGGGGGCUUACAGCUGGAUGGCCCCGGAGGUGGUCCGCCAGGAGGCGCAGGGCUGCGCCGCGGAUAUCUGGUCGUUCGCUUGCACGGUCCUCGAGAUGAUCACCGGCGAGCCGCCGUGGACGGCGCAGCUCGAAGCGGCGGGCUUCUCGGCGGCGCCUGGAAGCGCGGCCGGCGGCGGCGGCGGCGGUGCGCGAGCGUACGAUCGAGACGCGGUGCUGCAUAUGAUAGGGAGCACGUUCGAGGUGCCGCAUAUCCCGGCGGAAGUGUCUCCAGAGUGUCGGAGUCUGUUGCGACGGUGCUUAGAACGCGACCCGGCGAACCGGCCUAGUGCUAUGUUGCUCCUAGACCACGCGUUUCUGCUGCCCACGCCGUGCCCGCCGCUCUUCCGCCUCCUAGGUGGUGGUAGCAACGGUAAUAACGAUGCUGCUAAUAGUGCGAAUAGUGUGUCUGGGUUUAGUUCGGAGAGUAGAAGUGCUUCUGUGUCUGGUGUAGCAGCUGCGACAGAGAGGCUUCGCACGCCGGACCGUUACAGAAUAGGGUUACCACGAUCCGCGUCAGCAGGUUCGGCGGAAGAUUCAGGCUCGGCAACAGGCAUGGCAGCAGGUAUGGUGGCAGGCAUUGGUCCCGGAGGGUUCAAUGCAGGCCCCCCGCUCACGCCACCCAGUUCGUCCAUGCAUUCAGGUGGUUACCAUAAUUCGCUUACCUCGCCAAAAGCUGCUGCUGGGGGGUCAGGGGGAGGGUUCACGUCGCCUGGUUCUGGGGGAGGGGUUCCAGGGGGAGGAGCAAUGGGGGGAGGAUCAGGGGGAGGAUUAGGGGGAGCGGGGCUGGGGGGAGCAGCAGGCGGGGGAGCGUCGAUGGAACGACCCCCUACGCGCCGAACGCCGCUCCAACGGUCGCAGUCACAGCCCAAGCAGCUCAUCUCCACUCACGUUCCUCUGCCUGGCACUGGUAACCCUGUUUGUAACCCUAAUCCGCCUGGGGUGAUUGCAACUCUGGCCCAGGGAUCAACCAGUAGCAUCCCUCCAACUGGCAAGGCCUCUAGUAGAAACACAUCGCCCAUGACCAAGCCUCCUCCUCCUCCUCCUUCCGCGGCUGCUGCUGGUGGUGUUGGUGCUGGUGGUAGCGGCAGUGCAGGUGCAAACCCUAAUAUGCCUAUGGUCGAUUUGGGGCCGAAUUCAAUGAACCCAGCCCUAGCUGCUGCUAUUCCUGGCCCGCCUGCUCUACCAGCUGACGCAGGAGCCAAUGGAACGGUGACAGGUGGCGCAAUGCCAUUGGGGCCCAUGUUGGUGCCGCCUCCAGGCAUCCGCAUGGGGCCGUUGAUGCGUCAGAUAUCCAAGGGUCAGGAGGCGAUCAGAGCAGCAGCUACUGCAGCAGCAGGGGCAGCUGCAGGAGGGGGGGUGGAGACAGAGAGUGGAUUUGCUCCCUCCCAGACGUCGCCGCCUCUCCCGCACCAGCAGUCGCAGGCUCGUGCCACUCCUCCUCGCCCGGGCCUCCCCCGAAGCUCCAGCGGUGGUAGCUCCGGGAACUACAGUGUUUCUUUCGCAAAUGGUGGUGGUGGUGGUGGGUAUAACAGUGGUGGUGGGGAUGGUGGUGCUGUUGCUGGUGGUGGUUACACUAGCAGUGGCGGUGGCGGUGGGGGUGGUGGAUACAGCGCUGCCCUUCCUCCCUCCCCCGAAGGCGUCACUUCCCCCAACACCAUAUUCUCUGCUCCCUCUCCCCCCUCCAUGCCUCCCCGUCGUCCCCACGCCCACCGUCGCUCCCACAGCAUCUCGCCAGAGCACGGUCACCUGGGGUUCAGUUCUGGGGCGGGGCCCACCCUUGGGAUUGCCGCUGGCGCUGGUGGCAGCAGUGGUGGUGCUGGUGGUGGUGGUGCUGGUGGUCGAUUUGGGGCUUAUCCUCCCCCAGGUGUUAGUCCUGGAGCUGGGGCAGGUGCUGGCCCAGGGACAGGCCCAGUCCUCGUUCCAUCCCAGCAGCACCCCACUAGUGUCAAAACUGCCGGGAUUCGCGCCGCGAUUGCCGCUAAGAAGUAUGUGGCGCGAAAGGAGGACGUGCCGUUGAUAAAGUGCGGCGUGUGCGAGCUGCUCGCAAAGAAUUUGCUGCGGCAAGUGCGGGAGAAACGCCAGGCGGUUGCGCCGAAGAAGCUAUCAGAGCUGAAAAUUAUCGAGCUUGUGGAGUCUGCAUGUGACGUCAGCAAGGACGAGGGCGAUUGGAUCCAAUGGCUGGACGUGCAGGAGAAAGGCGACAAGCUCGAGUUGAAGGAGUUCCCCUACCCUGGGGAUUGCCGCACAGAGUGCAAGACGAUUCAGAAGGCUUGCCAGGAGGUGAUGGGAUUUUCAGACACAGAUGUGGCAGAGCUCCUCUUCUCCCAGCCGUCCAUCCUGGAAGCAGAGUUCAAGAAACAAUUGUGCCACGAGAUGACCCCCACAUGCAAAAAGCGACCGCCUCCUGUUCCCAAGGGCCGCAAGCCAGGGGAAGCGUUCCGGCGCAAGAGCAGCACGGAGGUGGAGAGGGAGAGGAUGAUGCGAGACAUGGACUUGAAAUCUGAGAAGUACCGAGAAGAGAACCCUCACGCCCCCCGCAUGCCUAAAAUGAAGCUGUACUCGCGUGAUGACCUUUUAAAGAAGACGUCUGUAGGGGGGAUGGGGAUGGGCGACGAGGAGGAGGACGAGGAUGAGGAAGAUGGGGAAGGGGAGGAGGAGGAUCCUGAGGAGAAGCUGAGGAACGAGUUGGGACCGGGGACACAUGUUGACAUGGAGGCGAUUCGGGCUGCUUUGAAGGCUGCAGAUGAGAAGGCUAUCGCUUCCCGUUCGUCGUUCGCAGCCAUGGACUCCGCGAAAGUGGCUCUCUUGUCCACUAAGGACAGCGAUUCCACCGUCAACGGCUUGGAGGCUGGCGUUCGCCGGCUCGGCCUCCCUACGGGGUCCCUUCUGGGCGUGAACCGCAAGGGCGAUGACUUGCUGGAAAUUAACCUUCCGCGGAAUGGUUUCACCUCCCGUUGCCUCGUUCUCUACACCUUUUUUCUGAUAUACGUGGCGAUUUUCGCGGUGUUCUUCGUCGACCUUGAUGCGCUUACUCCUUCCAACGCAGAUUUCUGCUCCAUGUGCCCCCUUAUUGGCCUCGCGACACUGGUCUUAAUCGUUACCAUCAUCAUGGUUGUCAAGGCACUGACUCGCCGCCACCUCACCUUCACCCGCUCCGACUUCACCAUGACGUCGUCCUUCCUCGGCCGCAAGUGCUGCUGCCGCAAGUCCGCCGUGCAGGGCAAGGCCUCUGACAUUUCCAAUGUCAAGAUUGUGGUGUCUGGGGGUCAGUUUGCGGGCUUCAUGACGGCCUGCGAGGUCUCUGAGGGCGUGCGUACGCACCGCUUUGGCAUGAACCUGAGUGUGAGCGAGAAGCAGUACCUUGUGCAGGAGAUUGGGGACUUCCUCGCCUGCCCUUACUCCACCCAGGUCCAGCUUGCGUAA